CUGAAAGAUGGCGGCUGACUCAAACGGUUGAAACAACAACAACAUUGAAGCAGACGCAAUUAUUUCACUUUUCCGGGAAAUUUCAGCGCUUUUAUCCUGAACACGGUCCUCAGUGUUCGCGGCCGCGAUGGAUGAGUUCCGUCGGCUGUACCUGCAGCUCUGUAAGGACCACGACACCGAGCCGCAGGAGUCAGUACUGCAGCAGGUCAAGGAGCUGGGGUCAUCCCCGAAACACGGGCCCAGCAGACUGGACCUGUCUACUAUCAGCCUCCACGUGGACACGUGUGCAGUCCUGGGGAAGGCUUUGUCCACUGACAGGUCCUUCUCAGAGAUCCGACUUGCUGACUGUAUGCUGAAUGAAGAAGGUGCCAAACUGCUUCUACAUGGUCUAUGUUCCAACACGAUGGUCAAGAACUUGGACCUCAAAGGGAACAACUUGAGAGGUGUGGGUGCAGAGUCCAUCGGAAAACUGUUGAAGUUUAACAAAUCCCUGCGCAGUGUGUGUCUGGAGUGGAACUCCCUGGGCAUGUUUGCCAGUUCCUUCACCAUCCUGUGUGAGGGCCUGGGAGCCAACCAUACCCUGACAGUGCUGGACCUCAGGAACAACCAGAUCACUCACGACGAGGCUGCAGAGAUCGCCGCUGCACUCAGGAAAAACGAAACUCUCAGGACACUGGACCUCAGGUGGAACAAUGUGGGGAUUGUAGGAGGCAGGGAACUCCUGUCUUCCCUCCAGCAGAACAGAACCCUGACUAAGAUGGAGCUCAGUGGCAACAACGUGCCUGCAGACACCAUCAAGGCUAUAGAACAAGCCCUGUCCACCAACGCUGACCGUAUCCUGCUGACCAGUGAGUACCAGGACAGGACUCGGAUGCUGACCAACGAGAUUGACAGCAUCAGGAAGGACAGAUCCAUGCAGGUCAGUGAUCUGUUGGACAGGAUUGACCAGCAGAAUGAGAACAUGUCCAAGACACAGCGGUCGUCUGCACACAAGAUCGGUCGGCUGCAAGAAGCCUUGGAGGAGAGGAAAUCAUCCUUCAAUUCCCUGGCUGCCAAAUUGAAAAUGACGGAAGCAGCCCUGGCAUUGGCCGAGCAGAAGUCACAUGACCUGGGGGAGCUGCUGACCAAGUCCCGCCAGGAGAACAACCAGUCCCAGGUGCACCACCAGGCCGAGCUCAUGAAGGAGAAAGAGGACCGUAACGCGGCAGAGGCCAAGAUGAGGAAGGACCUGGGAGGGGUGCACGACAGGAACCUACAGCUGGAGUCUAAGGUGGAUGAGUUGGAGAGGAGGAACAGGGCCUUACAGGACCAGGUGUUUGAGCUGAAGGAAACUGUCGCACAUCUCAACGCACAAAUCAAGGUUACAAACACACAAUCUGAUGAGAGACAACAGAGAGAACAGCAGAAACACAAGGAUGCCAUGAAGGAUGCAGAACAUCUCAGACAACAGGAGGUGAGCAGAGUGCGACUGGAGGCAGAGGAGACAGAGAGGGUUCUGAAGGAUCGCAUACAGAAGAUGGAGAUGCACAGAAUGGAGCUAGAGGAGGAGAUAAGUCGUCACAAGUCUUCGUUGGUGUCAGAGAAGUCAAAGUAUGAGGAGCAGAUGCAACAGGCCAAAACCAGAAUCAAGCAUGACCAGCAACAGCGAGUGACCCAGCUGGAAGAGAGACUGCGCAUGGAACAGAUGUCUAAGGAGGAGUUACAGAACCACAGUGAUCACCAGUCAGCACAGGUCACAGAGCUGCAGACCAAACACACAGGAGCCGUCAUGGAGAUCGAGGGGCUCAAGAGGAAGAUAGAGGAGAUCAACCAGGAGCUAGCUGGGAAGAAUGCGGAAAAGAUGACUGCAGUGGAGAAGGUUCGAUUGGAGCUGAAUCAGCAGGCGUCCAAACUAGAGGCUGAAAAACUCACCAACACUGAGCUGAACGAGAGGCUGGAGAAAGUAGAAAAACAGCUCAGAGACCAGAACCACCGUCACCGUGAGGAGAGGCGAGACCUGGAGACGGAGGUGACCUCGCUGAGGGAGCAGGUACGCAUGAAGGAUGCUGAGAUCAACAGGAUCAGGGACGACGAGGCACAGAGGGCCAGGAUGUUACAGUCCGCCAUCAAUAACUAUGUGGGCGGGGCUACAGGGGGAAGGAGCUGAUACACAACAAACAACUGAUCUGGAAGGGGAGGUUGGGUCACACUAAUUCAAUUUCUUUGUUCUCGGAUGUAAAGAAAUGAUGCUAGAUUGGGGUAUUCCCCGUAGCAUAAAAACAUAGUCUGAGAGGAAAGUCUGUACCUUGGCGCACAAAAUUUCAGGGAGUGAGUUAGGUGCAAGUUUUCUUCCCAGUCUUCUGUUGUCAUAUUGCCUUUUGCUAAAAUUUUACAUUUAAAAGAUCCUAGAAUCAAGAAGUUGAAUUGCUUUGGCCAUAGAUGCACUCAGAAGUGCAGAGCAUUGCCUUCAUCUUAAAAGGAUAUUUUUCUUCACUCAAAAAUGUGUUUUAAAAAGACCUGGAUAUCAAAAGCAAUACUAAGAAUAUUUUUUGUCAGUCAGAAAUGUAUUAUAGUUUUUUUUUUUACAUCCUGAAAAUUAUUUUGCAGGCUAUGUGUGUGCAACUGCCAAUCACACUGUUAUGCACUCUGUGUGUGUCAUAAAAUCUUCCACAGUCUACUCCACUUGAAAAUGGCAUUACUGCUUUUCAAUACAAGCAGAUUGCAUUAAACUGUCUUCCAUUUAUUGCUUAAAGGUUUUUUUUCCAAAUAAGAAAAUAAAACAUUCCGACCAGAAAUGUAACAAAUACA